UGUUUAUCAUUUUCCCGCGUAAUGCCACACAAACGCAUCAUUUCUAGUUCGAAUUUGGUGUUGUGAGCAAGUUUACCGACAAGACUGACAAUUUUUUACGCGUCCGGUCAGCUACUUUUUAUUUCGAAGUCAGAAGUUUUUUUUAUUUCUAUCUUUGUACGAUAGUUCCAAGUGCGAACUAGAAUUUUUUUUCAUAAAAGAUUUUGAAAGUUAAUCCCACAAAUCUAUUCGGACGAAAUUUGCUAGCGUCUUCGUAGAAUGUAUGACUCGCAUUUCUAGCAUAGUAGAAUUGAACAGCGCAAAACGUAGCUUUUAUAUUUUCGAAUAUAAAUCGCAAAAGGAAAUAAACAGUGAUGGCUCUUUCAUCCAAUGAUGCUGGAAUGUCACUCAGUAAUGAUCUGUCAAAUGAUGGGUCGCCAUGCGAGGAGUCUGCAACAAAAACCUGCUCAACAAAUGAAGACGAAACAAAAGAGAAUGAUGAUAAAGAUAAACUGCGGCUGCAAAUAAAACAGGAAGCUACUGACGGCAAGCUUUAUUCCGGUCGUAGCUGGAUUGAUAUGGUCGAAGAAGAAAAAAGCGAACUAUUGGCACUGCAAGUGAAAGAAGAACCAAACUUUAUUGAUCCCGUUGCGGAGCUGCCUAUUUCGGACAGCAAAAUGUCUAUUGAAGAAGCGAGCAGUAGUACAUCUCUGAACGAAAUGGCGAAGAGGCAAAUUGAAAUAGACAUCCUAGAUUCGAUCAAUGUGCAAAAGUACGAUAAGCUUGUGCAAGACGACAAAAUAAAGUCUCCGUUCAAACGUCGUUUGUCGGGCGAUAUGGACGACGAUGAGGACUACGGCGAUGGCCAUGCUGAAUUCGACGUUGAGGAUGUUUAUGUGGACGAAUACCCUCACAAUCAGCACAAAAAGACCAAAAUGCAUGAAGAUGAUCACGGUCGAGAGCGAUUCCGACGAGAGAGUUCCAGUUGCGGUUCCAGUUCGGGGGAUGGUAGCAGUCUUAGCGAGGGAAAACCAGUGAAGUUUGAGAACGAUUUGGCGGUACUUGAACGUCGUCAGAAGCAAAUUGAUUAUGGCAAGAAUACGUUGGGGUAUGAAAACUACCUGAAUCAGAUACCGAAGAAUCAGCGCACCAAAAAUCAUCCAAAAACUCCACCGAAACAUAUUAAAUAUAGUCGUCGGGCCUGGGAUGGCUUGGUCAAAGUGUGGCGCAAGAAACUACAUUGCUUCGAUCCGGAUGCAAAACCCAAUGCCGACAACUGAGCAUUCCAUGUUGCAAUGAUAUUGUUACCGCCAUCUUCACCAACAAACGUGAAGUUUCCACCGUUCGUGAUUAGAAUCCACUCAUGAUAUAUUCAUGAUUAUCAUAUCUCGGUUAUCGUGUUAAAGUAUCAAACAUGAUAUCGUUUCAACAAUUCCUAUCUGGAUCCAUAAUGCACUGGAAGGUUAAUCAUUGUAAGAUAUUCUACGUAGGAAGAUAUCGGAAAUAUGUUUGUUCAUAAAAGUUUCGGCGAGUGAUAUCGGUUAUGUUUUAUUUUUUUGUUAGUUCUAAACGAAUAUCGUAAUGUAAACAGGUCAUUUCGUAAUAAAGCUAAACUAAAUUGCCAUCAUUGAAAA